AUGCGUGAGAUUGUUCACAUCCAAGCCGGGCAAUGUGGAAACCAGAUUGGUGCCAAGGUAAGAGACCUAUAAUUAAGGUGAAAUCCGCAGGAAGCCCUUGAAAAUACGUGAAGAAAUGUCUUUGAAAAAAAGAUUGAAAGACAUUUUUCAUAGCGUGAAAUCUCGAAAGCUUAAGUUAACAUUUUCCCCCAAAUUUUACUUUUUUUCGGAAUAUUUUCCAUCCCGAAAUCCAUCGAAAUCUUGAUCAGAAUAUCCACAAGGCAUUACGGAUUGUCUCGACCUCAAAAUGGUCGUAUUUUCGAUACGAUUCGAUAGCUUUCAAAUCUUCCUUUUUCAGUUCUGGGAAGUGAUCUCCGACGAACAUGGAAUUGAACCCACUGGAGUCUACAACGGUGAUUCCGACUUGCAGUUGGAGCGAAUCAACGUUUAUUAUAACGAAGCAAGUGGGGGAAAAUAUGUGCCAAGAGCUGUGUUGGUGGAUUUGGAACCCGGAACAAUGGAUUCGGUGCGAGCUGGCGCCUUCGGACAGCUGUUUAGACCCGAUAACUUUGUUUUUGGUGAGGAGCUUCGGUUAAAUUAUAGAUAAAUUUGAACUUACUAAGAGAUUUGAUGGGAAUUAUUUGUUAUUUUACUUCUUAAAUUUUUUAAAACUCGUUCAUUUUAGGUCAAAGCGGCGCCGGCAACAACUGGGCCAAAGGGCAUUACACUGAGGGCGCUGAGCUCGUCGACAACGUUCUCGACGUUGUGCGGAAAGAAGCCGAAGCCUGCGAUUGUCUCCAAGUAUGUCCGCUUACUUUUUCUCCAAGGAUCAUUCGUAUUUUAGGGUUUUCAAAUGGCCCACUCUCUUGGCGGCGGGACCGGAUCUGGAAUGGGAACUCUGCUGAUCUCCAAGAUCCGCGAAGAAUACCCGGACCGUAUUAUGGCCACUUACUCUGUCGUUCCGUCUCCAAAAGUCUCUGAUACGGUGGUCGAGCCAUACAAUGCAACGUUGAGUGUCCAUCAACUGGUCGAGAAUACGGACGAAACUUUUUGCAUUGACAAUGAAGCGCUGUACGACAUUUGCUUCAGGACUUUGAAAUUGAUGACCCCAACUUAUGGGGAUUUGAACCAUCUGGGUAGGUGACAAGAGCAAUUCGAAUGUAUUUGAUAUGAAUCACAUUGCACGUCAAACUCGGCUCAACGGUCCAGUGAAUAGGUUGGCAAUCCGCCACCAAAGACUCGAAAAAACUUUUAGUCGACGAAGAAAUGGGGAUUUUUUGAGGCGAGAGAGCAGGUUUUUGCGAGUCUUUUUCUCUGACUUCUCUGUGAAAACAAGACGAAGUGUAAAAAACCGAUAGCGAAGGGUCUAUUCCGGUAACUCAGUCCUCAGUUUGAUGUGUAUUGUUCUUGGUAAAUUCAAAAAUUUUUUUAACAACUUUGUCAAAAUUUCUGCGUAUCUCCAAGUUUUUAACUUACAGUAUCCAUGACCAUGUCCGGUGUGACGACUUGCCUCCGUUUUCCUGGUCAACUUAACUCCGAUCUCCGCAAGUUGGCCACAAAUCUUGUCCCAUUCCCGCGUCUUCACUUUUUUAUGCCGGGAUUUGCCCCGCUGACCUCUCGUGGCUCCCAACAAUACCGUGCGCUGACUGUGCCCGAGUUGACGCAACAAAUGUUCGAUGCCAAGAACAUGAUGGCUGCCUGUGAUCCGAGACAUGGCAGAUACUUGACUGUGGCCGCUAUUUUCAGAGGCAGGAUGAGCAUGAAGGUCAGGAGACAAAAUAAACUUUUUUUGCUUUUCAAUCGUCCACAAUAACCCCAAAUUUGAUUGCAGGAAGUGGAUGAGCAAAUGCUGAACGUCCAGAACAAGAACUCCUCCUAUUUCGUUGAAUGGAUCCCGAACAACGUGAAGACCGCGGUUUGCGACAUCCCGCCUCGAGGCGUCAAGAUGGCCGCUACUUUCAUCGGCAACUCCACUUCGAUUCAAGAGCUUUUCAAGCGAAUUAGCGAACAGUUCACGUCAAUGUUCCGCCGGAAGGCGUUCUUGCAUUGGUACACGGGAGAAGGGAUGGAUGAGAUGGAGUUCACUGAGGCCGAGAGCAACAUGAAUGACCUGGUUUCCGAAUACCAACAAUAUCAAGAUGCCACUGCCGACGAUGAGGGAGAGUACGAUGAACAGGAAGACCUGGAGUAA